AUGGCACAGUCUAUUUUUGAUGCACUAUCAGGCGUCUCUUUGGACAGUUCUACUGUACAAUCAUUGCUCGAAUCACAAAAUCUCAUGCCAGAUAUCGAACAGCCAGGAAUAGAUCAAGAUGAAGAGGACAUUUUUCAAUGUGGUAAAUGUAAAUGUCAAUUUACGUCGUUGCAUAUGUUUUUGUUACACAAAAAAUCGCAUAUAAAAAAACAAGAACAGACUGUUGAUAUAAGUCAGUAUUUAAUAAGUGAUAAUAGUCAAGUACAAGUACACAAUGAGGAUCCAUGUCAAGAUCCUACUACAGAGUACAACCCAACAGAAACAUUUAUCCAAACUAAUCAACUCACCGAGCCGAUAAUACUUGAAGAAUCUGACAUGUUGUUCAGUAUGGAUCAAGAAAACUCGAGCUAUCUAACAGCAGAUGCUGAAUUUGGAGUACCAAUUAUUCUCAACACUGAAAAUCUUGAAAACUUCACAGCGCCGUCAUUGAUAUCCGAUGAUAAUUUGCUAAAAGAUGAUAGUAAUGAUGUACACCAGUCACGAACAAGUGACACAGCUUGUCAGGAUGAUGUUGGUUAUGAUGUUUCUCCUAAUGAAAUUGUGCCAAUUGAUAAUAAUAUUAUGGAUGAUAUUGUAGAUGGUUUUGAAAAUCAAGAUAAUACCAAUCCACCAUUAAAUUUAAAGUACAAGUGCAAUUACUGCCACAAACAAUUUGCUAAAAAGUUUUAUUGGCAGCAACACGAACGUUCUCAUACAGGAGAGAAGCCUUAUCAGUGUGUUGUUUGCGGACGUGCGUUUGCACAGAAGUCAAAUGUUAAAAAACACAUGUCAUCGCACAAAGUAUGGCCCGGUACAGCCAUACAUUCGCUACCUCCAGAGGCACCACCUGAUGGAAGUAUUGAUCGUACUUAUCAUUGCCAAUUUUGCAAAGAAAUAUUUGAAUCGUACAAAGCACUAAAAGGUCACUUGAUAGUAUCGCAUAUGACAUUGAAAGUAUACAAAUGCGUACAGAGCAGUUGUAGUAUGAUGUUUGCUGACUUAGAUGAUUUUCUCGAGCACACACGAAGUCAUAAACGGUCAGAAUAUCGUUGUCAUGUAUGUGGUGAAGUAUUUAAUACGCUUUCAGAUCUUGGUCUUCAUCAGUAUGUCCACUCCGUCCAAAAACAGAAGACAACUGAAAAAUAUUACUGCUGUACUGUUUGUAAAUCAUCAUUUUCAAAUCUUGAAGCGCUUCAACAUCACACUGAGACUACGACACACGAUUACGCAUGUCCUCAUUGCGGUAAAAGUUUUCUCAUUGAACGAUUUUUGCGGCGACAUCUCAAAACUCACGUAUCUUCAGCUAAAUUUGCCUGUGAAGAUUGUGGUAAAGCUUUCAAAACAGAGCAAUAUCUUGCCAAUCAUAAACUUAUUCAUAGUGAAGAAACUCCAUUUAUUUGUCCUCAAUGCCCAGCAAGAUUUAAACGCAAAGAUCGGUUGGGACGUCAUAUGCUGAUUCAUGAUCUUAGUAAAAGAUUGAAAUGCCCUUUCCGUGGAUAUCUCGGUUGCAUGAGUGAAUUUUCACGGCCUGAUAAACUCAAAAGGCAUCUUCUUACACACAGUAAUAUCAAACGAUUUACUUGUACUCAAUGCAAUCGUGAUUUUAAUCGUGCUCAAGCAAUAAAACAUCAUGAAAUGAGUAAACAUAUAUUCAAAUGUGACGUUUGCUCAGAGACAUUUAAAAAUAAAGAUAUAUUAAGUACACAUAAUAACUGUAAUCAAAGUGUUGAAACAAAAAAAUAUACAAGCUCACAGUUACCACGAAAAGCCUCCGGCACAUUUAAACCAAGAAAACCGACACCGAAGCGACAAAUGGUAACUAAAUCUGCAACUGCUGGACUUACAGAUAAGGAGAAAAUAAAAACUGAUGAAGUUGAUAAACAAACGGUUGAGGAAACACAAAGUAAAAAAAAUAUGAUGGAAAAUUUCACCAUUUUAGAAGAUAUGAAUUCAAUUAAUAGUUUAAUAAAAUCAGAUUCUUCAGAUGAAGAAGAAGAAGAAGAAGAAGAAGAAGAAGAAGUAGUUAUUAAAGAAAUGGAAGAUAAUGAAAAAGAUAUGGCAGCUGAAAUAGAUUUCCAGUCGAUACAAUAA